CGCAGCUGCGAAACGUAAACAACACAGCAUAAAUUUCUCACGGCCACAACGUUUUGCACAACAAACAAAGUGCAACCCACACAGCGAAAUUUUCCGCCUCGCAAGGAAAAACUGGCGACGCUCGGUUACAUUCCGUUGCCAUCGGUGUCCGCGAACGGUUCGCGUUGCAUUUUCGCGUGUGCAAAAGUGUAUCUGGCUUGCUGGCUCCCAUUGUCAUUGACAACUACCUCUGUACUCUGAAUAGUGUUCUGGUGUGCUGGCCUUUCCUCCCAGUGGAGUGCAGUGACCUCGAAGUGAACCUAGAGAGAAGAAUUCGCGCGCGCGGGAUGUUCAACCUUCUCACGUCGAAGAAAUCAUCCGGAGCCGGGCCACUGCAGGGCUACAAGAUCACCAAUGUGGACCGGAGCAAGAAGUACGGCGUGGCCGCGGAUUCGCUUCGGAUGCUGAAAACGAAAGCCUCCGAAAAGUUCAAGCUGCAAAACUGUCGCGUCUAUCUGGCAAGCGAAGGCGUCGAGGUGUUGGAUGAGGACUAUUUUCGUACCCUUCCGGCCCAGGUCCUGUUCGUGGUCGCAGAGAAGGACGUUAUCGUAAAAACGGAUUUCCAGCUUAUGUAUGACGCAAUCAAGUCCACCCAUAGCGAACUGCUGCAGGCUGGCUCGCUGGUCCAGGAGUUCGUCAGCAACAACCAAAGCGAGAUAGCUAAACUGCUGCACAAUGCCCAGCGCUCGCAGGACGAGCAAACGCUGAAGAGCCACCGAAGUGAUCACGCGGAAUGGUUUGAAGGAAUCGAUGAAAAGUCCGGUCAAACCAAGGAGGAGGUCAUGCAGCGUCGCGGCCAGGACCGCAUCCGAGGUUAUUUCUACAAAACAAAAGACGAACUAACCAAAUGCGCCAUCUACCGACAGAACAAGAUGGCCAAGGAGCUUAUCGACGAAAUGCUGGAACUGUUUCGUCAACUGUUGAGCGGUUUCGACUAUUUUAGCUGUAUAUUUGACCGUAGCCACGCGCGGCGAUUAGCGCAAGGCGCCGUUCCCAAUUUGGUCCUUACCACCGAUGAGCACCGGCAAAAUCAAGGCGACGGAGAUGAGGUCGACGCGUCAAGGAUCAUGCCAAAGAAAAUGAAGCUGGCAAUCGAACGGUCGCUUCAGACCGAUGGCAAUGCAAUGGAAAAGUACCGGGUGGCUCUUUGCAAUGCCAGGGGAGAUUUCAGCUGCAUGGGUCUGUGGAACGAGAAGACAUGCAAGUACGAGGCGCACAUUAUCAAUCCGUACGUCAGUCGGGAGAAUAUGAUACUGUUUCAAGUGUGGAAUUUGGACCACCAGGUGGAAAUUCGUCGCACGGUUUUGCCAUCUAUUGUGGAAAACAUGAAACGUGUCAUCGAAAACGAGGCAGAUGCAAUCUGUAAAAUACAUAACCGUAGGGGUAAGAAACUUUCUGUGAUAACUUAUUUUAUCGAGCUCUUUACGCUUGGGAACCUCAAGUUGGUUCAUAUUGUUUGCCACGACAAAAGUAUCCAUGAUAUGAUCUCCAAGGGUAGCAUUAUCUGUGACAAAUGUGCAGAGUACAAGUAUAUUAAGGAAUUCCAAAACAAAAUACGCUUCAAUAAAAACGGUUUAAAGUAUGGGCGCGGGAUGGAUUCAGGUGGAGAAUAUGAGAAAGCCAUGAGGAGUUAAAGCACAUUAGAUAGUAGGCUUAUGCUGUGGUAAUAUACAUAU